GAAACUUGUUGCAACAAAUAAGACAAAACCCACGUUCAAAUUAAAUCCCACACGUUUUUAACUCAAUUACUUUGACCGUUUUCCCUUUAUCUUCAACCUGCUGCUUACGCUCACACGAGUUUUGCCAUGGUCCUUUCAAUCUUGUGCUGUAAAGACUCGCUUCCCACGUGUAGAUGCAAAGAAUUUAAAAAAAGAAUAAUGAAUAAAGGUAGUGUGCCGCGCCCAGUUUGCAGCCACGCCCCUCCCCACGUUGACGGCUGGUGGUGCACGGGUUUGACCCUGUUUAUUGUUCGUGUGACGACUUUCCCCAAUUGGAUUUGCAACCCAUAUCACCAGGAUCCGUAUGUCUAAUUGCAGAGCAGGGUCUAAUUGCAGAUGUAAUUGCAGGUCAGU